GAAAAAGUAGAGAAAAAUACAGCUGAAACCGGUAUGUCCAGUUCUUUGGUUCCCACCCUGGAUGCAAGUGAUUAAAGGCACAACCAACACUGAUGUCUCCACACUUCAUACUCAAAGAAGUCAUAAGGAUACUCACCUGAGCAAAAGUAACAUAAAUCAGACUCCAAGUGCACAAGAGAGAAAAUGGAGAGUAAAUGGCUCUGUGUGGCUGUCCUGGCGAUGGCAUGCAUGAUGCAUGGAGUAGUGGGGCAAAAUUCAACAAACGAUAACAACUCCACAGUAAGCAACAGUUCGACAUCUUUUAGCAACAUGACGGGCAACUUGACGCAAAUGGGCCCUCACAACAUGACGGGCAACUUGACGCAAAUGGGCCCUCUCAACAUGACGGGCAACUUGACGCAAAUGGGCCCUCUCAACAUGACGGGCAACUUGACGCAAAUGGGCCCUCUCAACAUGACGGGCAACUUGACGCAAAUGGGCCCUCUCAACAUGACGGGUAACUUAACACAAAUGGGCCCUCUCAACAUGACGGGCAACUUGACGCAAAUGGGCCCUCACAACAUGACGGGCAACUUGACGCAAAUGGGCCCUCUCAACAUGACGGGUAACUUAACACAAAUGGGCCCUCUCAACAUGACGGGCAACUUAACGCAAAUGGGUCCUCUCAACAACACCAGCAACUCAACGCAAACGGGCUCUCCCAACAUGACCCAGAUAGGACCUAACAACGUGGCCAACAACAACAACAACAUGUCACUAGCCACGGUCAACAAGGCCAACUGCAAGAAGGAUCGGGCAUGCUUUUCCUCCCCUGUCAGCUGUGAUCCAUCUAUCUCCGGUAGCUGUUUUUUCGUGUCCACGAGAGCAGUGAGUGGAAAUGCAAACAACCUCACUUUUGAGCUCAGCGGAGAUUCGAGUGGUUACAUUGCAGUCAGCCUCUCUCGAGACAACAAGGAGGGUGAUGGUGACACCGUCUAUUCUUGUGCCAACAACAAUGGUACAGCGAAGUUCAUCCGGGCCACACUCAACAAUAGCAUACUGACUCAAGAUAACACAUUCAUCUCUGGAAAUUUCAGUGGCUCUGUGAACAACACAAAGAUUCAGUGCAUUUUCGUAGCUCCAGGUCUCAGCAGCGUAACCCGUGCAGCAAACACAGGCACUUUUGUCUUCUUCUUCACAGGCAGCAUUACAAAUGGUACUCUGGGGUCUCCAGUCACCCGACUGUCCACAAAUGCAUCAGUUGAUCUAACCAACUCUAACAGCACAGACGUUGGAAUAAUUACAACCACUACAAAUGGGACUGCAAGCUCUAAUACGACUACUACAGCAAAACCUACAGGGGGGAGCAAUGCAGGGUGCCAUGCUGCAUCUCAGGCUGCUCUGGUUAUCCUCUCAGGCAUCAUCACAGUACUCCUGUUGUAAGGAUGCUGUCUGGCUGUAUCAUUUGCUGUCUGAAAUUGGUUGAAGAGCUACAAUUGCUUAAUGAACCCAACACCAAAAUAGAGUGGCCCAUUAGAGUACUUGGACAGGCUUAGGCUUUAGAAAUGGCUGAAUGUCACUGCAGUACAUACAAAAUAUCAAAGCAAGUGGAAUCUGCAAACAAAUUAUUCUAGAGCUUUCUCAGAACUAACUUCACUUUUUGUGAAGUACUUGCAACUGCUGUCAAGAUGAUCUUUAGCGAAUGUACUCUAAAAAUGUACUUCAUGAGGUAAAUUUUAAAUGAACUGCUUUGAUUCAAGUUAAAAAUUACUAUUACUAUUAUACUGAGUCAACCUGGAUUCUUUAGAUUACUUAAACCUAAUUUUAAGGGUUAGAGGAAGAAAUUGCUACUUAAAGUGGUAACCUGCAAAUGUUACUUUAUCUAAAAUAUCUAUAUCUUUUGCAUUUAAAAGUUUUUGUGCUAUAUUUCUUUAAAGUAAGUGCCAAAAUAAACUGUUUGAUAAUUUGCCAUACAAUGCAAAGACAUUCAUACAAUUUUGUUUUGUUUUAAUAUUAAAAAUUUGAAAACUUUUGAA